AUGCCGAAGGCGCCGUACAAGGGUACCGUGAUCAAGAACGACGUGCAGGCACACACCAUCACCAAGCCCAACAGCAGCUCCCCCGGCGACGCCAAUUGGGAGACGACGCACGUGACCUUCGACCACGGUGGCAAGGUGCCGUACGUGGAGGGACAGUCCAUCGGCGUCAUCGCCCCUGGCCCCGACAAAAAGGGCGAAACCCCAGCCAAGAUCCGCCUCUACUCAAUCGGCUCGUCGGCGGUCGGCGACUGCCAGGACUCCAAAACGGUCUCCCUCUGCGUCAAGCGCGUCGUCGAGGUGGAAGAGGAGAAGUGGCCCCUGAAGCACUCCAACCGCGAAAAGGGCGAGGACAAGCCAGAUAAGGCCGGCACCUGCUUUCCCGACGCCAAGGUCUACCGCGGCGUGUGCUCGAACCACAUCUGCGACAUGAGCGAGGGCGACGAGGUGCUGAUCACGGGCCCGACUGGUGCCGAGAUGCUCCUGCCGAUUGAACAGGACUACAACAUCAUCAUGCUCGCCACGGGCACCGGCAUCGCGCCCAUGCGCUCCUACAUGCGCCUCCUCUUCCACGACAAGGUCGGCGCCAACCCGGACGGCACCCGCAAGUUCGAGGGCUUGGCGUGGCUCUUCCUCGGCGUCCCAUACGCGAACUCGCUGCUGUACGUCGACGAGCACGACGAGUACACGAAAAAAUCCAAUUCCCCGGUCAGUUCCGCGCCGACUACGCGAUCUCGCGGGAGCAGAAGGACGCUGCGGGCCAGAGGAUGUACAUCCAGACGAGGAUGGCCGAGUACGCGGAGGACUGCUCUGGGAGCUGAUGCAGUCUCCGAAGACCCACAUCUACAUGUGCGGCCUGAAGGGCAUGGAGGCCGGCAUGGAGGAUCGGGGUGCUUCGCGCCUCUCGCGACGAAGGCAGGCUUCGACUGGAAGGACUUUGCGAAGGAGAUGAAGAAGGCUCACCGCUACCACGUGGAGGUGUACUGA